AGAUCUCAGAAAUCUCAGAAUUCGACCCCUGUCAACAUGGGUACGCUCUUGAGCUUCGGCUAUUUAGAGGACAAGAAAGAGGAACCCAAUACGCAUUCAUCAAGUAAGUAGCUGUUAGUGACUGUGGUUUGAAUUCAAGGUAAUUUGUCUCAUUGCUCAGAAGCACACCCCCCAUUGACUAACUAAUGAAAUAUUGAAUGAAUAUGAAGUCGCGUAUUGAUUUUUAUGGGACAAAAUCAGUCAGUACAGAUCUACAGAAUUGAUACAAGGGGCAACGAAGUAGAGUUCCAAAAAACAAUGCAUGAACCAUUCAGACAUGAUGAUAUGCAUGUCGAUAAAUCAGUCAGGGGAACAUUUUAAUCCUGACUUGCGUUGUUAAUGCAUUGUUAUCAGUGAUCAUGGGAUGGGACGGCAAAUCAAAACGUGUGGGGAAACACUCAAAUGAACCUGUGUGUAUGCCUGCAGGUUCCAAGGAGUAGAAAGGAGCAAAGGCAGUGGAGGACGACUGACUCCUCAGUGUUCACCUCCACAACGUUCCUUCACAAGGGUUUGCCUGUUCACAACCGCAUAUACUAUAGGUCAAUUAAAGCAGUUAAUUUUGGUUAGAGUUAUAGCACUCUUGUUAUUCUACCUGUGUGUGCUUGUUCCAAGAAGUAUACACAAUUGCAAAAUUAGAUUAUCCGUUAGUUUGCGCUCACAGACCCGUUCUGUGCCUGAAGUUGUUGCUAAUGAACUGCAUUUGCACUCUAACACUAACUUAAUGUACUAGCCUGAGCUAUGCUCUUGUUCGUCUGUUGUAGUAGUUUUUGGAAUGAUGGUUUGCUUUUAAAAGGUGUCUAUGGCUUAGAGGGGCUCCUCUAAAAAUGCCUGCUGUUUUGAAGUGUCUUUUUUUUGUGCCUCAGUAUGGUUGCUAUAAAGAUUUCUGUUUAAAAAAUAAUAAUAAAUGUUGUGCAUGGAAACAGUGGGCGUGUUGUCAUUCUCUUUGUGUGCUUAAGGAAGCUCAAUGAAGCACUCAUCACCAUUUCAAAUGGGAUCUAGACAUGUAUUUGUUGAAAUGUGACCCAUAGCCACAUUGCUACAGAGACCUGUGAUCUCUAUGAAUUUACGUAUACUGUGUAAUUGUUCCUUCCUCUUUACCACCGUCAUCAUAGUAGAAAUGUUGUUCUACGGAUGUAAUUGACACAGGAUACAAAAUGAAUAUGCAAUAUAAUCAGACUUUUCCCCCCGUAAUGCUUAAAUUAAUGACUGUAGGAUAUGCGGCAUAUCAGAAAAAAGUAGUUAAAAUAAUGUGAUAAUAUAUUUUAUUGAUACACACGUAGUCAAAUAUUUGUACACACUCAAUUCCUUUCGAACCUGAAUGUCAUGAGAUGGCCAGGAUUCUGUGAAAAUUACGUAAUAAUCUAGCUCGUGUUUGAAAAUGUGUCAGGACAUAGAGAUGUGUGUUUAUGUAACUAUGUAACUUAAGUCAUGUUUUUUUUAGAAUGGUUGAGUGCACCUGCCAAUUUCUUUGGCUUUUUACUAUUUCACAAAUUUUCAAUUGCAUGGCCAUUUGUAUUUUACACAACCUGAAGUAAUUCAUCAUAAAAAAUAAUUAUACAUACAUUUUGUCGAGUUAUGCUCUUUGGAUCUGGGCCAGGUAUUUGUACUGUGUCUGUCAAAGCAUUUGUUUUAGAUCAGUUGGAGACCAGACAGUCACUACUCCUCCCUCCCCAACCAAUCAUUACUGAGAGGUCACAGGGCAAAGCUAUAUCAGCCCCAGAGGCAGAGACUGCACUUUUAUUUCCUUCAAGCUGAACAAGUGAACACAACAGAAAAUAUUAGCCUUUUAAUACAAAAAUUAAUGUCUAGCCUGAAAGGUAUGUAUUGCACUUGUGGCUGUAGGUAAUAUUGUGGCUGUAAAUACUGUGUUUAUAACAUAUUGUGGCUCUAAAUAUUCUGUAUAUAAUAUUGUUAUAAAAUUCAAUAGUAAUUAUUCUUUUUUUAUUAAUACUGUAUUUAUUUCAGUGAACAGUGCCUUUUAAUCAUUAUAUGUGUUAUUGUUUUUACCAUCGAGGACCACUUUGGAAACAAGCGUUAUAAUUAAUACUUUCAAGUUAUAUCCUCUGGGUCCACAUUGUACAUUUAGUUGUAUGCCUGUUACCCAAAAUAAAUUCAAUUCAAUUUCUUUUUUAAAAACAGCCAUGUCACCUAUUUUACUGAACUGUGUGGGAACUGUCGCUGACCAUUCUGAAAAUAGCGAGUGAGUAUUUUUAUAUUACUUUGAGGUUUCAUUACACUACUGGUUCUUGUUCUGCACUAGAGACUUAUAUUAUGCAAUUCUCAUAUGCUCUCAUGUCAAUGUUUUUACAGACCGGAGGUCCCUUUCAAGAACCCCCAAAUCCAUGUCAAGAACCCCCACUUGGAUACAAUGGAAGAGGACAUUCUCUAUCACUUCAACCUGGGUACCAAGACCCACAACCUGCCUGAGAUGUUUGGAGACAUCAAGGUUUGUGGAAGUUGCCCAGACAAAAUACUUGAAAUACCUGAUUUCGAUUUCAAAGACAGUUGUCUUUAUAUCUCCCCCAUUGCAGUUUGUGUGCGUCGGCGGCAGUGCCAAUCGGAUGAAGUCCUUUGCCCAGUUCAUUCACCAGGAGCUGGCCUUGCCCGGAAACAUGGAUAAUAUCACAGAUAUCUGUGAAGGAACCGACCGCUACUCCAUGUACAAAGUGGGACCCGUACUUUCUAUCAGUGUAAGUAUUGUGCAAUGGAUACGUCUCCCUCACAAGAUAAUGGUCUGACUUGACUUUCAAUAGCCUGUAUAAGACUUUAGAACGUGACAAAUGAAGAUUCUUUAUGUAAGCCAGUGCCUGACACCUUAUUUAUAUAGAGCUUUUCCACCUAGGUGCUCAAAGCGCUUUACAAUAGUAAGGGGGGGAACUCACCUCUACCACCACCAAUGUGUGGCACCCACUUUAAUGAUGCACUGCAGCCAUUUUUGUGCCAGAACACAGCUAGCAUAGUGGAGAGGUGAGGAGUGAUAUAUGCCAAUUAGGAAUGAGGGGGAUGAUUAGGUGGCCAUGAUGGAAAUGGGACCAGGUAGGGAAUUUUGCCAGAACACUGUGGUUAACACCCCUACUCUUACGAUAAGUGCCAUGGGAUUUUUUGUGACCACAGAGAGUCAAGACAUCCGUUUAACAUCCCAUCCGAAAGACGCCACCCUACACAGGCUGUCAGAACGCUGAGUGUGGAUGUGGUGCAGGGAAUCAAGCGCAGGAACAAGGGUGUUCGUCAACAGACUUUAGUAAUCCAAAAAUAGUAACUCCACACAGGUGAAAUAGCCAACCCGACCGGGAGGCAUGAACAAAUUACACACACAACCAACAGUGCGCAAAAACAAGAAAAGGCGCACGCAGUGCGGACUCUCGAAAACAAACAACACGAGAGAGAAAACCCAACAAUGGCAACAGCUGACAAUAAUAAUCACACAUAACACCUGACCCAACACACAAUAACUAAAUAGGAAACAAAAUCAAACACUAACAAGGGACAGGUGUACAAACAGACAAAACCAAACAAACAUGAAACAUCGAACGGUGGCAGCUAGUACUCCGGGGACGACGACCGCCGAAGCCUGCCCGAACAAGGAGGAGGCGCAGCCUCGGCCGAAACCGUGACAGUACCCCCCCCUUGACGCGCGGCUCCAGCCGUGCGCCGAUCCCGGCCUCGGGGACGACCAGGACGACGCGGAGCAGGGCGCGUAGGAUGACCCCGAUGAAACUCGGUCAGCAGGGACAGGUCUAAUAUGUCCCUCCUCGGCACCCAGCACCGCUCCUCCGGGCCGUACCCCUCCCACUCCACGAGAUAUUGGAGACCCCCCAUCCGGCGUCUCGAAUCAAGGAUGGACCUCACAGUGUACGCCGGAGCCCCCUCGAUGUCCAACGGGGGCGGAGGAAUCUCCUCUAUCUCAUAAUCCUGGAGUAGACCAGCUACCACCGGCCUGAGGAGAGACACAUGGAACGAGGGGUUAAUAUUCCUGUAAUCAAUAGGCAAUUCUAACCUGUAACACACCUCGUUCAACCUCCUCAGGACUUUGAAUGGCCCCACAAACCGCCGACCCAGCUUCCGGCAGGGCAGGCGGAGGGGCAGGUUUCUGGUCGAGAGCCAGACUCGAUCUCCAGGUGCGUAUACAGGCCCCUCACUGCGGUGGAGAUCGGCGCUCGUCUUAUGCCGACGGAUGGCCCGCUGCAGAUGGACGUGGGCAGCGUUCCAUGUCUCCUCCGAGCGCCGCACCCACUCAUCCACCGCAGGGGCCUCGAUCUGGCUCUCGUGCCAAGGUGCCAGAACCGGCUGGUACCCUAACACACACUGGAAAGGGGUUAGUUGGGUGGAGGAGUGGCGGAGAGAGUUCUGCGCCAUCUCGGCCCACGGAAUGUAUCUCGCCCACUCCUCCGGCCGGCCCUGGCAAUAAGACCUCAGAAACCUACCCACAUCCUGGUUGACACGUUCAACCUGCCCAUUACUCUCUGGGUGGUAACCCGAGGUAAGGCUCACCGAAACCCCCAACCGUUCCAUAAAGGCUCUCCACACUCUGGAGGUGAACUGGGGGCCUCGAUCAGACACUAUAUCCUCGGGUACCCCGUAAUGCCGGAAGACAUGGGUAAACAGAGCCUCAGCGGUCUGUAGGGCAGUAGGGAGACCCGGCAUGGGAAGGAGACGAGAGGCCUUCGAGAACCGAUCCACAACGACCAGGAUGGUAGUAUUCCCCUGUGAGGGGGGAAGGUCUGUAACAAAGUCCACCGAGAGGUGGGACCAGGGUCGUUGUGGAACGGGCAGGGGUUGUAGCUUACCCCUGGGCAAAUGUCUGGGCGCCUUACACUGUGUACACACCGAACAGGAGGAGACAUAAACCCUCACAUCCCUGGCUAACGUUGGCCACCAGUACUUAGUGCUAAGGCAGUGAACUGUCCGGCCGAUACCUGGAUGUCCAGAGGAAGGGGACGUAUGAGCCCAAUAAAUGAGGCGAUCGCGUACCUCGAGCGGAACGUACGUCCGACCCACUGGACACUGUGGAGGACUUGGGUCGGUGCGUAACGCCCGCUCGAUCUCUGCAUCGACCUCCCAUACCACCGGUGCCACCAGACAAGACUUUGGUAGUAUGGGAGUGGGCUCAACGGACCUCUCCUCCGUGUCAUACCGCCGAGACAGGGCAUCUGCCUUCCCGUUCUGGGACCCAGGGAUGUAAGUGAUUUUAAACACAAACCGGGCUAGAAACAUAGUCCAGCGGGCCUGGCGAGGAUUCAGUCUCCUAGCUGCCCGGAUGUACUCCAGGUUACGGUGGUCCGUCAAAAUGAGGAAAGGGUGUUGAGCCCCCUCAAGCCAAUGCCUCCACACCUCUAGGGCCUGUACCACGGCUAACAGCUCCCUGUCCCCUACGUCAUAAUUCCGCUCCGCCGGACUGAGCUUCUUAGAAUAAAAGGCACAGGGGCGGAGCUUAGGUGGUGUGCCUGACCGUUGUGAGAGGACGGCCCCAAUACCGGCCUCGGACGCGUCUACCUCUACCUGGAAUGGUAAAGCGGGAUCCGGAUGCGCCAACACCGGCGCCGAGGUAAACAGGUCCUUCAGUCUCCCAAAAGCCCUGUCCGCCUCAGCUGAUCACCGCAAGCGCACCGGACCCCCCUUCAACAGAGACGUUAUGGGAGCUGCCACCUGUCCAAAACCCCGGAUAAACCUCCGGUAAUAAUUCGCAAAACCCAAGAACUGUUGCACCUCUUUCACAGUGGUUGGGGUUUGCCAAUUACGCACAGCUGACACCCGGUCAACCUCCAUCUUCACCCCUGACGCAGACAACUGAUAACCCAAAAAGGAGACCGACUUCUGAAAGAACAGGCAUUUCUCUGCCUUGACAUAUAGGUCAUGCUCCAACAGUCUCCUCAACACUCGGCGCACCAGGGCUACAUGCUCAGCUCGGGUAGAACUGUACACCAGAAUAUCGUCUAUGUACACGACUACUCCCUGCCCCUGCAUGUCCCGGAAAAUCUCAUCUACAAAGGAUUGGAAGACUGAGGGAGCAUUCAUUAACCCAUAUGGCAUGACGAGAUACUCGUAAUGACCAGAGGUCGUGCUAAAUGCUGUCUUCCAUUCAUCGCCCUCUCUAAUGCGCACCAAGUUGUAUGCGCUCCUGAGAUCCAAUUUUGUGAAGAACUGAGCACCGUGUAAUGACUCCGUCAUAGUCGCAAUCAGAGGAAGUGGAUAACUGUACUUCACCGUAAUCUGAUUGAGACCGCGGUAAUCAAUACACGGGCGCAAACCUCCAUCUUUUUUCUUCACAAAAAAGAAGCUUGAGGAAGCGGGUGAAGUGGAGGCCCGUAUGUAUCCCUGUCUCAGAGACUCGGCGAUGUAAGUUUCCAUCGCUUUCCUCUCCUCUUGAGACAAGGGAUACACAUGGCUCCGCGGGAGUGCUGCUCCUAACUGGAGAUCUAUCGCACAAUCCCCCUGUCUAUGAGGCGGCAGCUGCGCCGCCCUUGUCUUACUAAACACCAGUGUCAAAUCCUCAUACUCGGGGGGAAUAUGCAGUGCGGGCAUUUGAUUUGGACUCUCCACCGAGGUCGCCCCUAUGGAAACACCCAGACAUAGCCCUCACACUGAACAGACCACCCUUUAAGAGCUUUCUCUCGCCACGAAAUAGUAGGAUCAUGGGUAACUAACCAGGGAAGCCCCAGCACCACCGGAUACGCAGGAGAGUCAAUCAGAUAGAGCUGAAUCGUCUCCUCAUGACCCCCCUGCGUCUUCAUCCUAAGGGGCGCUGUGACCUCCCUAAUCAACCCAGAUCCUAACGGACGGCUAUCUAGGGCAUGUACAGGGAAAGGCUUAUCAACGGGAAGGAGAGGAAUCCCUAACUCUACACAGAACUGGCGAUCUACAAAAUUCCCAGCUGCGCCUGAAUCUACGAGCGCCUUAUGCUGGGAACGAGGUGCAACCUGUGGGAAACAAACAGGCAAGGUUAUGUGAACGACAGAAAGCUCUGGGUAAGUAGGGCGCCUACUCACCUGGGAGGACUCCCCAAUGCGUGGCCUGCCUUCACCUCCACCGGGGGACCUUCCCCAACACCUAGCCGCGGUGUGCCCUCCACGGCCACAGUUGGUGCAGGGAACGGCCCCCCUCGGGUUCCUACUCCUCCGUUCUCUAGCGCCAGCACCUCCGAGCUCCAUAGGGCUCGGCUCGGAGGUGCCGGAAGGUGGAAUGGGCAACCCCCACCCGGGACGUCCACGGGUGGCGAGCAGGGUGUCCAGCCGAAUGGCCAUGUCGACCAGUUGGUCAAACGACAACGUGGUAUCCCUGCACGCCAACUCUCUCUGGACGUCCUCCCGGAGGCUGCAGCGGAAGUGGUCUAUGAGGGCCCGCUCAUUCCACCCUGCAUCUGCCGCUAGAGUCCGGAACUCCAAAGCAAAAUCCUGUGUGCUCCUCAUCCCCUGUCGGAGGUAGAACAGACGCCCCCCCGCCGCCUUCCCUUCUGGUGGAUGGUCAAACACGGCACGGAAGCGGCGGGAGAACUCCGCAUAGGUAAUAGUAGCGGCGUCUAUUCUCCUCCAUUCGGCAUUGGCCCACUCCAACGCCUUGCCGGUGAGACAGGAGAUGAGGGCGGAGACGCUCUCGUGUCCCGAGGGCACCGGGUGUACGGUGGCGAGGUAGAGCUCCACUUGCAGCAGGAACCCUUGACACCCGGCAGCGGAGCCGUCGUACGCCCUCGGGAGCGAGAGCCGAAUCCCGCUGGGUUCCGGAAGGGAGACAGGAGGACUGACCGAUGGGGAUGGUCCGGUAGGUGGGGGCGUGGGUACCCCGCUGCUCUCCCAUCGGUGGAGAGUGUUCAUCACCCGAUCCAGGGCGUGACCGAUCUGGUUGAUCCUGUCCUCCUGCCCACGAAGACGGUCCUCCAUAAUGUCCGUUGGCGCGGUUGCUCCUGCUGAUUCCAUAGUGUGUUGUGUGAUUCUGUCAGAACGCUGAGUGUGGAUGUGGUGCAGGGAAUCAAGCGCAGGAACAAGGGUGUUCGUCAACAGACUUUAGUAAUCCAAAAAUAGUAACUCCACACAGGUGAAAUAGCCAACCCGACCGGGAGGCAUGAACAAAUUACGCACACAACCAACAGUGCGCAAAAACAAGAAAAGGCGCACGCAGUGCGGACUCUCGAAAACAAACAACACGAGAGAGAAAACCCAACAAUGGCAACAGCUGACAAUAAUAAUCACACAUAACACCUGACCCAACACACGAUAACUAAAUAGGAAACAAAAUCAAACACUAACAAGGGACAGGUGUACAAACAGACAAAACCAAACAAACAUGAAACAUCGAACGGUGGCAGUUAGUACUCCGGGGACGACAACCGCCGAAGCCUGCCCGAACAAGGAGGAGGCGCAGCCUCGGCCGAAACCGUGACACAGGCCAAUGGCCCCUUCACUGCCCUGGGGCCAUGUGAUCUCCUUAGACCAACAGCCAGUCUCAUACACUAGACGUAACAUACUGUAGUAAAUGUCAAUCCGGGACACUCAAAUUAGUAUGAUAUGUUACGUUUGGGAUGGUUACAUAAGACAGAUGGUUACUUUAAGGCAAAAACUAAGGUAGGUGGUUGGUCGGGGUGGAUGGGUGAGCAUAUAACGCGAACGUCUAGCAACCCAAAGGUUGCGAGUUCGAAUUUCAUCAUGGACAACUUUAGUAUUUUAGCUAAUUAGCAACUAUUCAAUUACUUAGCAUGUUAUCUAACCUUUCCCCUAAUUUACCCUUUUAGCUAACCCUUCCCCUAACCCUAACCUUAACCUUAACCUAACUCCUAAACCUAACCUUAGCCAGCUAGGCACCUAGCUAGAAUUUGUAACAUUUCAUACGUUUUGCAAAUGUGUAACAUAUUGUACGUUAUGCAAAUGUGUACCUUAUAGUACAAAUUGUAAUUCGUAACAUAUCCUACGAAAUGGGUGAUGGGCAUUCACAAAUUAGUACAUACCUUAUGAAACGUCACUUAUCAUACUAAAUGGAGUAUCAUAGAUUUACGUACAGAAUAACACGAAAUGCUCUGAGACCAAGUUGAGAUCAGAGGGAAGAGUGCCUGCUUCCCACUGGGCAGCUGUAUCAUGGUGUCGCCGGCAGUAACUAAUGUGGCCAAAUGUUUUCCUCCAAUUAUUUUAUUCCAUGUAGACAUUUACAUUUACGUCAUUUAGCAGACGCUCUUAUCCAGAGCGACUUACAAAUUGGUGCAUUCACCUUAUAGCCAGUGGGAUAACCAAAUUACUAUGUUUUUUUUAAAUAUUUUGUUUAUUUUCUUUCUUCUUUUUUCUGUCCUUUUUUAAAUAUUGUUUAUUUUUUAAUUAUAUAUUUUUAAUUUUUUUGGUCAUUUAUUUUUCAUUAUUUUUUUAUUUUUUUUAUUUUUUUGGGGGGGGGGGUUGGGGUAAGGGGGGGGUAGAAGGAUUACUUUAACCUAUCCCAGGUAUUCCUUAAAGAGGUGGGGUUUCAAAUGUCUCCGGAAGGUGGUGAGUGACUCCGCUGUCCUGGCGUCGUGAGGGAGCUUGUUCCACCAUUGGGGUGCCAGAGCAGCGAACAGUUUUGACUGGGCUGAGCGGGAACUAUGCUUCCGCAGAGGUAGGGGAGCCAGCAGGCCAGAGGUGGAUGAACGCAAUGCCCUCGUUUGGGUGUAGGGACUGAUCAGAGCCUGAAGGUACGGAGGUGCCGUUCCCUUCACAGCUCCGUAGGCAAGCACCAUGGUCUUGUAGCAGAUGCGAGCUUCAACUGGAAGCCAGUGGAGUGUGCGGAGGAGCGGGGUGACGUGAGAGAACUUGGGAAGGUUGAACACCAGACGGGCUGCGGCAUUCUGGAUGAGUUGUAGGGGUUUAAUGGCACAGGCAGGGAGCCCAGCCAACAGCGAGUUGCAGUAAUCCAGACGGGAGAUGACAAGUGCCUGGAUUAGGACCUGUGCCGCUUCCUGUGUAAGGCAGGGUCGUACUCUCCGAAUGUUGUAGAGCAUGAACCUACAGGAUCGGGUCACCGCCUUGAUGUUAGCGGAGAACGACAGGGUGUUGUCCAGGGUCACGCCAAGGCUCUUCGCACUCUGGGAGGAGGACACAACGGAGUUGUCAACCGUGAUGGCGAGAUCAUGGAACAGGCAGUCCUUCCCCGGGAGGAAGAGCAGCUCCGUCUUGCCAAGGUUCAGCUUGAGGUGGUGAUCCGUCAUCCAUACUGAUAUGUCUGCCAGACAUGCAGAGAUGCGAUUCGCCACCUGGUUAUCAGAAGGGGGAAAGGGGGGAUUCAGCAGGGAGGAGAAUGUGGCAAAGAGCUUCCUAGGGUUAGAGGCAGAUGCUUGGAAUUUAGAGUGGUAGAAAGUGGCCUUAGCAGCAGAAACAGAUGAAGAAAAUGUAGAGAGGAGGGAGUGAAAAGAUGCCAGGUCCGCAGGGAGUCUAGUUUUCUUCCAUUUUCGCUCAGCUGCCCGGAGCUCUGUUCUGUGAGCUCGCAAUGAGUCGAUGUAAAUGUAAAAUGUAAAACAUGUAGGAUAGCAGCCUUCAUGAAUUAUUUUAUUGUAUUUUAUUUGGUAACCAUCUGGAUGUCACCGUGAUACCAUCUACUCAUUGGGGAGAGCAUGCACGGCAAGUCAGUGUUUCACAACACCAGGACAGCACCUGCCAAGUACUGCUUUCCCGCAGUUCUGUUAACCUCACCCAUCUGUCUCUACAGCAUGGUAUGGGCGUCCCCUCCAUCUCCAUCAUGCUCCAUGAGCUCAUCAAGCUGCUGCAUCAUGCCCGCUGCAUCGAUUUCGUCCUCUUCCGCAUUGGCACCUCCGGUGGAGUUGGUAAGAGCAUCCUCCCCUCUUCCAUUCUUCUUUCAAAUGUUAAUACACAUUUAUACAUGUUUAUAUAGUUGAGUAAGACAGCUCUCUAAAUCAUGUCACUGGUGUCCCAUUACAGGUCUGGAACCAGGAACAGUAGUGGUCACAGACAAGGCGGUGGACUGCUUCUUCCGCAACCAGUUUGAGCAGGUGGUUCUAGGUAAGGUGAUCACCAGGAGCACAGAGCUGGAUGUGGGCGUGUCCAAGGAGCUGCUGCAGUGCUCCUCUGAGUUAGAUGACGUGCCCACCGUCAUCGGAAACACCAUGUGCACCAGUGACUUCUACGAAGGUAACCACAUCAUGUUACCCACAGCUGUACACUCAGCUACACAAAAGCCCUAAAUUAAAGCUAUAGUCUAUGAGUUUGGUUGUUUUUCGAAUCGCAGACUGCCCCUUAACUAAGGAUGUACAGUACAUUUCCAAUGCUGCCUACUAGCCUGCUGGCCUUGAUCUAACUCAGCCUGUAUUCUGUUGUGGUCCACCAGGUCAGGGUCGGCUGGAUGGAGCUCUCUGCUCCUUCUCCACUGAGGACAAGCUGGAGUACCUGAGGAAAGCCUAUAACACGGGAGUCAGGAAUAUUGAGAUGGAGUCCACUGUCUUCGCAGCCAUGUGUUGUGCCUGUGGCAUCAAAGGUGUUAUUCUAAAUACAUCACAGUCUCACUAAGUCAUGCCAUUAACUUUGACAGAGAGAAAUAAGUUUGAUUUUACUUUGUUUUGACAUUUUCUCGUUAUUAUUUUACAUGGUUUUUACAUUUGUAAUGGAUGUAAAAAUUUUCUCCCCAGCUGCUGUCGUCUGUGUGACUUUGUUGAACCGUUUCGAUGGGGACCAGAUCUCCACCCCUCAGGAUGUGCUAGUGGAGUACCAACAGAGACCUCAAGUUCUGGUGGCCCACUUCAUCAAGAAACGCCUGGGCCUCAUCGUCUAAGCUCCCUCCGAUCACCUCUGCUGCCCAUGGAGUGUAUAUAGCUAAGGUCCCGACUAAUAUGUGGAUAUACACUGAGUGUACAAAAUAUUUAGGAACUCCUUCGUAAUAUUGAGUUGCACCCCUUUUGCCCCUGACUGAAGUGGAAAUUAACAGGUGACAUCAAUAAGGGAUCAUAGCUUUCACCUGGUCAGUCUAUGUCAUGGAAAGAGCAGGUGUUCCUAAUGUUUUGUACACUCAGUGUAUGUAUAUAGUCAUGUUGAUAUGUGAUAAGAUAUU